AUGUCGUUUGAGAACAUGGACUUGCUAGAGAUGCCUUUCGAGGUGCCGCGCAAGGCGCAGGCGCAGGCGGUGAAGAAGGUUAAGCGCUCGGAGUCGCCCCAUCUGCCGGACGAGCAGCUUCGGCCCCUAGCGCCGCUGAACAGGUUUGGUGACGAUCACAGCUGGGCCGAUCGGUGCCUGCGCUGCUCUUUGAGCAAAGGCGCCCUGGAGAUUUUCGAGGGGCAGAGGGUGACACAUUUUCCGGUGGCCUCGGCCAUGUCGGCCAUGGAUCGGCCUUCGCUGCUGGCGCUAACUCUGGGGCUGGGCUUGGGUGUGGCUCUGGAGAUGCUGAGAAGUCGGCGCAAAAAGCCGCCGAAGGAGGGCGAGUCCGUAAAGGAGAGCACCAUCCGUCUGAUGACGCGGCUGGCACUGCAGCAUGGCGCUGUGAACUUGUCCCAGGGCUUUCCCAACGAGCCCCCGCCGGAGCAAAUGGCCCGCGCCGCCUCCGCCGCUCUGCUGCAAGGAGCUUCGCUGGAGACGGUGCAGAUCUUCGCCCCGCGCUUGGAGCAGCUGUUGGCAGAGGUGCCGCAGGCGGAGCGAGACCUGCUGUCGCAGUACUCCAUGCCCUUUGGCCUGCCCUUGCUGCGGCAGACGCUGCAGCAGUACUACGCUCGCUUCUACCCCGGGCUCCCCGCCGAUGCGGAGGAGAACCUCACGGUGGUGCUCGGUGCCACGGAGGGCUUCGCCUGCACCUUGCGGACCCUCUGCUCGCCCGGGGACAAAGUGGUCUUCUUCGAGCCAUUUCAUGAGCUCUACCCCAGCCAGUGCCGCCUAUGGUACCUCGAGCCGCGGGCCGUGACGCUGCGGGAGGCCGCGGCCGGGUGGCGCUUCGAGGUGUCGGAGCUGGAGGCGGCGCUGAAAGGCGCCAGGCUGCUGCUGCUGAACACGCCCCACAACCCCACGGGCAAGGUCUUCACCCAGGAGGAGCUGGCAAGCAUCGCCAGGCUUUGCGUGAAACAUGACGUCUUCUGUGCCACGGACGAGAUCUAUGAGCACAUCGUCUUCGACGGGGCGCCUCACGUACCCCCGGCCAUGGCGUUGCAGGAGGGUAUGGCGGACAGGACCUUCGUAGUGAAUGCGGUCAGCAAGACUGCGCGCGCCACCGGCUGGCGCAUCGGUUGGGUGGUCAGCCCAAAGCGCUUCACCGGUGCUCUGCGGGGGGUGCACGACCAGCUGGUGGUGCAGGCGCCCACACCGCUGCAGUACGGCGCCUGCGCCAUGCUGACCAUGAACGACGACUUUUUCGCGAGCCAUGCGCACGAAUACCUCGAAAAGCGCGACAUCCUUCUGGUCGCCUUGCGCAGGGCGGGAUUCCGUGUUUCUGCCGUGCCAAAGGGCGCGUACUACCUCUUCGCAGAUUAUUUGGCCGUUCCAAGGCUGAAAGGACUCUCGCCGACAGAGGCGGCCAUGACAAUGACCAAGGAGGUGGGUGUUGCCUGCGUUCCGGGGGACAACUUCUACCUGGGCGCCAGCAAAAGUGAUAUCGCCCUGGGCGGGCGAUACCUGCGCUUUGCCUUCGUGCGAUCCAUGGACUUGCUGAAAGAGGCGGCGGAGCUACUACAGUCCUUGGCUCACCUCGACAUCUUCUGGGCCCGGCUCUUCAGCGGUCCGCCCAGCUCCGCCACGAGACAAGCCUACCACCUCGGGGAGAACGACAUGGUUCUCCUCCUAAAGCCCUCGACAAGGACAGCGAAGCUCCACAUGCAUGAGCAUUGGUCCUUCACCUGCCGCCGGAAGUGGCUUCCGUUUUUACUGCACCGCCUGGCUUUAGAGGGCGCCGUGCUGGAGAAGGACGUGGAGACCUGUUUCUCCUUGGAGGACAGCUGUGGCAAGGGAGGGUAUGGCACCAUCCGCCGAGCCUCGCCGGUAGCUACGGAGUACUACAGCCCCAGCCAGGUGGCAGUCAAAGUGGCUGCGGAGCGCGAUGUGCGCCACGAGCUCCGGAUGCUCACGGCGGCAGGGAGGCACCCCAGCGUGAUCCAGCACCACGGGGUCUUCAAGGGCCACUCAGGGCGCCACUGGUGCCUUGUUCUGGAGUUCUAUCCCCAGGGCGAUCUCUGGCACUACUGCUCCGAUUGCUUGUCAAUUCCCACAGCUUUGUCCCUCUUGCACAACUUGUUGUUGGGCUUGCAGCAUAUCCACAGCAAAGGAGUCUUUCACCGCGAUGUGAAGCCGGAAAAUAUUUUGGUCACCGACGAGCGCGCGGUGCUCUGCGACUUCGGGGUCGCUGAGACCACCGAGGGCCAGAGGCAAACCGCCAGGGGGCUCACGCCGCAGUAUGCCUCGCCAGAGAUGAUAUCUGGGAACUCCAUGAACCCCACGGGAGACGUCUACGCGGCAGGGGCCACCUUCCACUUCAUGAUCACGCUGCAGUAUGUCAAUACGAGCAUCAAGAAGGUGCAAAAGAGCUGGUGGCGGCACUCCGCGGAGCUGAGCUUCGAGAAGUCCCCGCUGCGGGAGCUGCCGGUGUGCUGCCAGGACCUGCUAGAGCGCAUGAUCUGCCCCGAGUGGAAGCGGCUCUCGUCCAGAGAGGCGGUUCGGCACUAUGCCUUUUGGUCGUUGGCAGAUCCGGAGGAGGAGGCGGUUGCUUCUAUCACAGCGCCGUUCUUUCAGAGUGCACCCCUUCUUAGCGACGACUUGGUCUCCACGGGGCUGGGCUCCGCCCCCAUCUCCAUCUUCGCCUCAGAGACUUCAGCGCCCUUGGGCUCCGGCACAGGCAGCGAUGCCUUGCCUUGGGCCAGCAUCGCACCCGGCCCGGAAGCGGGGUCGGCUCGGGCGCAUCAUGUGCAAGUGGCGGAGGAGGAUUUGUCCUUGGCGGAGUGCUUCGAGGAGUUGCGUCAAAAGCUUCAAAUGGCUCCGGAGCCUCCAAACACUGGCUGGUGGAGGGAUCGGCGGAAGCCGCGGCCGCCGGGCGUCAAAGCCCCACGGGCGCGCAGAACCAGCGUUUCUCACUGGAUCGUCCAGCACCUGGAGGAUUGGUCCCGUUUCUGGCGGCCACGGCGCCUCUCCCGAGUGGAGCCGGCGAAGGCCGAGUUUUGCGAGCUCUUCUGA